GAGAAAAAAAAUAGUAGUAAUGGAGAGACUGCAAACUAAGCUCUUUGAAGCUGCAACACAAAAUUCCAUCACUUCACUUCAACAACUACUGAUUGAUGAUCCACUAAUCCUGGAGAGAGCUCUUGUUAACCGUUUCAACGAGACACCUUUGCACGUUGCAGCCAUGUUAGGUCACGUGGAUUUCGUCCGGGAAAUCAUAGGGUUGCAACCACAACUGGUAAACGAGUUGAAUUCUCAUCUAUCUUCUCCUCUGCAUCUCGCAGCGGCUAGAGGGCAUGUCGGGGUCGUGAAGGUCCUCCUAUCUGUCGAUAACCGUGCAUGUUUUGGACGCGAUAGGAAUGAGCGUUUGCCGUUGCAUUUGGCAGCGGUGAAAGGCCAUGUUGAGGCUAUGAAACUGCUGCUUGAAGCUCGACCGGAGGCGACUAUGGUUACGGCUUGCGGAGGAGAGAGUGUGUUGCAUUUGUGUGUCAAAAGUUACCAAUUGGAGGCUCUCAAGCUAAUAGUGAACAGUGUGACAAAUGUUGUUGACUUCAUCAAUUGUGGGGAUAAUGAUGGAAACACUGUCUUGCAUUUGGCUGUUGCAGAGAAGCAAGUUGAGGUGGUGAAAUAUUUGGUGAGUAUGAGUGAAGUAGAAGUUGAUAUGAAGAAUGAAGAAGGUUUAACUGCAAUGGAUGUUCUAAUUAGAAGCAGAAGAGAUUUGAGGGACUCUGAAAUUGAGCACUUGCUUAAACAUGGUGAUAAGCCAACAAAGAAGAAGGCCAAGAAAAACAGCUGGAACCAUUUCAUGAAACAACAUGAUGUUUGGCUUGAAAAAGAGAAACAUACAUUAAUGGUGGUGGCUUCACUUAUCGCGACCAUGGCCUUUCAAGCAGGAGUUGAUCCACCCGAAGGUUUAUGGAAAACCAAUCGUAUUCAAAUCAACGAUCAAAAUGCCCCCGCGCCAUCCACAGCAACACAUAACAACUCCAUUAAUUAUUAUACUGAUUUUUAUGUUUGCAACACGAUGGCGUUUAUAGCGUCUCUGAGCAUCAUAUUGCUUCUGGCGAGUGGAUUGCCGAUAAGGCGUAGGUUGUUUAUGUGGAUCCUUAAGGUGAUCACCUGGAUCGCUAUUACAUCCAUCGCGGCAAGUUAUAUAAUUGUCAUAGCGUAUUUGAGGGUGGUCGGGGGAGAUGAGUCGUUCACGCUACAAGAUCCGCAAUUAUACACGGUGCUUGUGUGGAUCGCUUUGAUGUUUCUUCUUAUCUUUUGCCAUACCAUCCGUAUUAUAGUGAAGCUCUUUAAAAAGUUUAGAAAUGGAUGGAUCAAAUGUACACGUUUUUUGAGUUAGUCGAUGCUAUCUAAACAAUCAAAAUUUCAAUAAUACUUCAUGUUGUUCAUCUCUUCA